AUGAGUACCUCUAAAGAUGCCAAAGUGUCCAUGUUCCAGCUUGAUGAAACAAACUGGACAGACUGGUUCACACGCAUGCGUGGUUACCUGAUGAUGAAAUGUCUCUGGCAGUACAUUGAUAUGCUGACAUACAAGCUGUCACCCCAGAUGAAGUUUAACAUCGCCACUGCCCUUGCUGUGACUGAUGUGGAUCCUCCUGAGACCACUAUCACUCCAGUUGACAUCAACACCCAGGAAUCAUGGGAUGAAGAUGAUCAGCAGGAACUAGGCAUCAUUCUGGUAUGGAUGCAGCAAAAACUGCACUCAGAUAUAUGUAGAUGA